CUGGAAGCUGUUUGAAAUUGGAAAGCAGUUUUCGUAAUAGCUUCUUAGACUCAAGUUCAAAAUGCGUUCCCUGUUUGUCGUCGCUCUGUUGGCCUUCUUGGCUGUUGGCUUUGUGGCCGCUCGUCCCGCUGAGGAUGAGGAGUCCUCCUCUUCUGCUGUGGUGGAUAGCACUGCUGUGGAUUCGACCAGCAAUGAUGCUGACACCACUAAAGCCACCGAGGAGAAGACCGAGGGAUCCACUGAUGAUAAAGACACUACGGCUACCAAAGCUUCGGCUGUUGAAGAAACUGAAGAGUCCAGUGAUAAUGCCGAGACGGAGAAUGAUACCACCACUGAGGCAGUCAAGAAGCACAUUCGCCCCUUCUGGCCCAGGUUCGGAGGUCAUGGACCCGUUGUGAUCAGGCGUCAUCCCGGCCUUGAAACCGUCUAAGCUCUAUAAGCUUUCUUGCUAUAGAUUUCUCUAAUC